AUGUCAGAAGUGAACAUAACCUGUGGUGACUGCUGGAUGCAGGUUGGCAAUAGAAGUGACCUCUCGAGCCACUCUUCUCAAUCUGCAGCAAAGGCAAUUGUGCUGGCUAUCUUAAUGCUAUUUAUCAUUGUAGCAGAUCUCAUUGGAAACAGCUUGGUUAUUUUAUCUGUCUUCAGGAACAGAAAACUAAGAAACACUGGUAACAUGUUCGUGAUUAGCCUAUCUGUUGCAGACUUGUUGGUUGCAGUCUAUCCCUAUCCCUUAACUCUGGUAGCUAUUUUCAGAAAUGACUGGACAGUGGGAAACAUACACUGUCAGAUCUCAGGGUAUGUCCUGCUUAUUAGUUUGCAUGCAUCUGUCUACAAUAUCAUGGCAAUUGCAAUCAAUCGGUUCUUCUUUAUCUGUCACAGCACUAAAUAUGACAAAAUCUACAGCACACAAAACAUGAUUAUCUGGCUCUGUUUCAUCUGGACACUGACUGUCGUUACAAUGCUGCCGAUUGUCACAGCUGGUGCCUUGCGUUAUGAACAACAGAUAUACACCUGUGACUUUGCACAGUCUGUUAACCCAUUCAGCAAUAUUACAGUUGCAUUUGUUCAUUAUAUUAUACCUAUGAGUAUAAUUAUUUUCUGCUAUGUGAGAAUUUGGACAUUAAUCAUUAAAGUCAAGUAUCGUGUCAGGAAAGAUGGUAAACAAAAGCUGAAAUCUGCAGAAAUCAAGAGCUUCCUGAGCAUGUUUGUAGUCUUUGUCCUUUUUGCUCUUUGCUGGUCACCAUUCCACAUAACUGGUAUGCUUGUGGGAUUCAGUCCUCCUGGGAAGGCCCCCAAAGUCCCAGAUUGGAUGUCUGACAUAAAUUACUUUGCUAACUAUUUUAACAGUUGCAUAAAUGGCAUAGUUUAUGGUGUGUUCAAUCAGAACUUCAGGCAGGAAUACAAAAAUAUUCUUCUGUUCUGUUUGCCAAGACUCCUGUCCAAGAAGGCCUCAGGAAGACUAAUACAAAAGUGA